AUGGCGCCACCAAAAGCUGCUGUCGACAGCGCGGCCGUCGUGGCCCUCAACACAAAGAUCGACAGCGCGCUUGAGCUGAUUGCACAGAUGCUUGUUCUCGUCCGAGACGUAUAUGCCGACGCCAGGAGGCAAAAGGAGGCGAUUGCACAGACACUGAUUUCAUCAGACGCCUCCGCGUCCUCUUCCUCUGUCGCCUGGGACCCGCCAUCCAAGUGCGAAGCCCUCAGCCUCGCCCGUGACGCCGCAACCCUCGCUCGCGCCCACGGCACCAAGAUUUCCUUGCUCAUGAUCAACGAGCCCUUUACACCCUCUGCUAUCCAAAAGGUCGUCACUGAAAUGGGCGCGCCCCUCGUGUCCCUCGCGACCGCUGCCUCCGAGUGCUACGGCGACCGAUACACGAACCACGUGCGGCAAGAACUGGCCCGGCGGUGCGCCAGCGUGCUCGAGCAAACGCAGCACCUUCUCAAUGCCAUCCCGCGCGACGGCCGCGUCGUGCCCGAGGCGCAGCGCGUAGGCGGUGCCGGCAGCGGCGGCAGCAGCAGCCGGACGCAGUCCAAGGCCAUGGCGGACCGUGGCAGCUACACCAAGAUCGGCAUCCUGUGGGCCGAGUGCGACGCACUCGUCGCGUUUGCCAACCGGGGCAUCGACGGGUACCUGGUGCAGGUGGUCAACCAACUGGCCGACCAGCUCAAGGACGAGCAGGAGGAGCUUCGGGAGUGGGGCGAUGAGGAGGAGGGCGACGACGACAUCGACGACGGCGGCGAGGGCGCCAACUUGGACGAUGCAAACGUAUCGGACAGCGGCUACGACGACGACGAGGACGGCGGCAACGGCGAUGGGGCCCUGAACGACAAUGAAGCCGCGCAGGCCAUGCUCGACGCCCUGAUGAACACACGCCACAUCCCUGCCGACGAUCCCCACGGCCUGCGGCCGCGGCUCGAGACAGCGCUCAAGAAGAUCCGGCUCGUUCUGCUGCUGUGCCGCGCCAUCGUCAAGCGACGGCUAACCAAGCCCGCGCUGCCGGCACUGCCUACCCCGACACCGGAAGGCCAUGUCGCGACACGACUCGAUGGUGCCGUCGCCGCGCUGCAGACCGUGGCUAACCGUUUCGAGGAUCUGGCGGCAGCGUUCUACAAGUUGGACGCCGGCGAAGUAGACACCGUCUUGGGCCAGUGCUUGGAAGCGGCCGUGACAGUAUCGCGUCAGCUCUCUCGACCAUGGACACCGCCAUCAGGAGAGGCUCCGGGCGACGCGUUCACGGACUGGGCCACCAAGUUUGAGUCGGAGAUGCAGGUGAAGUCAAUUGAGGCCUGA